AUGCAAUUGAGUUUAAGCCUCUUCUGCUUGUGCAUCAUUAUGCAGUUACUCGGAUCGGAAGCCGACUUUGACAUUCCGCAAACUAUUUUGUCAGAAAAAUUCGUUACUGGAUCUAUUUAUCCACGGAUCCGAUCUCCUCGGGGCGAGGGCGUAUGCUGGUGCGCUGCGCUGGACUUAUCCACAAGCCCAUCUUCCUCGAAUCAACGACCGCCUAUGAUGCGUCUCAUCGCCAAAUUCCUCGGUGCCACAUUCCCGCCUCUACAGCCUCUACAAACAAUCGCCCGUGGCAAGUCCCGAUACUCAACUUUCCGGUGA